GCACUGCACCACUGGUCAAUACCAGGAUUGCUCGUGUUUUCCAUCACUCGUCCGUCUGCAGUGCUCACUAUCUCCUCACCCCUCCUCUCAUCCAUCCCCUCCUCAGCCCCAGCCAUGCGCGCCCUCGCCCCCAUUCACGCGCAGGAAGACGAAGAGCUCACAGAAUACGAGCUAGCCCGCUUGGCCGCCAUAAAGGCCAAUGCCGAGCUCCUCCUCUCCCUCGGACUGGAUCCUGCGCCCACUACGCCUGUCAGGCCGAAGAAGAAGGCGAAAUUGGAGGGGAGCGCUUCUCCUUCUUCUAUCGUGGACCAAGAGAGUAGCGAGUCUGCCUCUUCCGAGGGACAAGCGGUCAAGCAGUCCCUCGGAAGAGGUGUGCGUCCAGGUCGUCGGCGCAUCACCAGGGAGGAGCCAGGCUGGGGCAUCUUCGCCGGUGUCUUCAUCGGCGGUGGGGACGAGGACAAAGAAGGCAGCUCUCUCUUCCCCAUCUCUCCUCCCUCUACCUCUGCGAGAGGAGGGAGGAGUGUGGUACGCCCACUCGCGGCUAGUGAGAGCCCUAGACCUUCUGCCCGCUCCAGCUCGCCUGUGAGGAAGCUGCGCGGGCGAGCCGAAUCUGCGCCCUUUGUACUCUCGGUAGCUCCAGGCCAAGGCCAAGAUAAAGCCGGUGCAGAGGUGGCUCUGAGACGAUCCGCGAGGAAUGAGGAGAGGAGGACCUCUCCCCGAACCUCAACCGCUGCGGGUGAUCUCACCUCUUCAGGGAGCGGCACAAGCGGUACAAGACGCUUCUCGCAAAGGUCUUUUGUCGUGCCCGACUCGAGGAUAGAAACAGAAGCAGCAACCUCCCUGAUCGACGCGGAAGGAGAUUUCACCUUCCAUACGCGUGUCCUCCCACGGCUGAUCACCCCGCCUGCGUCCACCCGUCCCAAGCGCCAGCGCAGACGUACCUCUCCUGGCUCCGGCUCAGGACCAGUAGCCACCACUCUGCCCCUCCUUCAGCUCGGACGCACCCUCUCUACCCGGCUUUACUCUCCCAAGCAAUUCGGUCCCAUUCCGGGCAUCCCUCCAGGGAGCUGGUACCCAACUCGAAUGGCCUGUUCCACCUCUUCCCUCCACGCACCCACCGUCGCCGGAAUCAGCGGCGACUCUUCUCGUGGAGCCUACUCCCUCUGCCUAAGUGGUGGGUACGAAGACGAUGAAGACUUGGGUUGCUCCGUGACCUUUACUGGAUCGGGAGGGAGAGAUUUAAGAGGUACACCUGCAAAGAGGAAGAAUUUGAGAACAGCACCUCAGAGUGCUCAUCAGAAUUUUCAAAACCCAUUGAAUGCGGCAUUGAAGAGAUCUGUGCAGACGCAGAGGCCAGUGAGGGUUUUGAGGGGGUUCAAGGGGAGGAAACCUUAUGCGCCGCCAGAGGGAUAUCUUUACUCUGGCCUGUACGUGGUGGAGAGGUGUUGGACGGAGAGGGGACAGAGUGGGUGGGAUGUUUGUCGAUUUGCGCUGAGGAGGCUGGAGGGUCAGGGGGAAUUGCCUACCUUUAGGAGUGCAGAGGAGGAGUAGGAGUAGGGAGGCGGAGCCGAUGUAGACGAUCAGCUUAUUCCCCUUAUCUUAUAUAUCCCCAUGCAACCA